AGACGGUGAUGUGCUUGAUGACCAGUUUGACGAAGAGAUGCGCGCUUAUCAGAAUACGUUAGCCAAAAAGCGUGAACCUAUAAAGAAAGAUGUUAAAGGACUCGAGAGCGCACUGGAAGAGAUGGACGAUCACUUAGACUGGAAGGAGACCUUAGACAUGUCUGUAGAUUUAGGAGAGGUGGAUAAUGCGAAUGACGAUAUUAAGAGAGAGCUUGCUUUCUACGAAGCAUCGGUGAAGGCCGUGAUGGAUGGAAGAAAGAAACUAAAGGAAAACGGAAUUCCCUAUCUGCGUCCUGACGAUUAUCUCGCGGAGAUGGUAAAAGACGACAAGAAAAUGAAGAUGAUCGAACAAAAGAAGACUGCCAUCGAAGAGGAAAAGCGUCAGAAACUUCGAAAGAUCAUCAUUCGCAACAAGAAUAAAAAGCGAAGCAAUCGCAAGAAAUACUCCCGACGAUAACGUUCCCCC